CAAACAUUUUUUUUUAAACUUUUUUCACAAUGUUUUCAAAUUGUGUUAUUACUAGAAACAUUCAGCAUAGUUGUAAAUUGUUAAUUGUUGGUGGAGGUUCUGGAGGAUGUACGAUGGCAGCUAAGCUCUCAAAAUAUGAACGUGAUGUGAUCAUACUGGAGCCUAAUGAUACGCACUACUAUCAACCUAUGUUCACGUUGAUUGGUGGUGGUAUGAAAACUAUUUCCCAGGCACGUUCUUCUACAAAAUCAGUGAUUCCAAAAAAUGUAAAUUGGAUCCAAGAUAAAGUCAAACAUUUUAAUCCAAAAGUAAAUAUAGUAACGACAUCAAAAGGAGAUACAAUUAAUUAUGAUUAUAUGGUGGUAUCUAUUGGAUUACAAUUUAAUUUUGACCAAAUCAUUGGCUUAAGAGAAGCUCUCGAUAGAAAAGAUAGUGGAGUAUGUACAAACUAUUCAUCUCAAUAUGUGGAAAAAACAUAUCAAGUUUUGCAGAAUUUCGAUAGUGGAAAUGCCAUAUUUACAUUUCCUAAUACACCAAUUAAAUGUGCUGGAGCCCCUCAAAAAAUUAUGUAUAUUACUGAAGACUAUUUAAGAAGAAAUGGUAAAAGAAGCAAGGCGAAUAUUAUGUACAAGACAUCCACACCUGCAAUAUUUGGAGUUAAAAAAUAUGCACAGAAGUUACAGCAAAUAUGUAAUGCACGUAAUAUUUCUGUUGGCUUAAGACAAAAUUUAAUAAAAAUAGAUUCUACUCAGAACAAAGCCACUUUUGAAUUUCUUGAUGUACCAAAUAAAACUGAAUCAAUAGAAUAUUCUAUGCUUCACGUUACUCCACCAAUGGGUCCACCAGACGUUUUAAUGAAAUCCAGUCUCAGCAACAGUGCUGGGUAUUUAGAUGUUGACCCUUAUACAUUACGUCACAAUGUUUAUGGAAACAUAUUUGGAAUUGGAGAUUGUACGAGUUGUCCAACAUCAAAAACAGGAGCUGCAGUGGCAGCUCAAAGUAUUGUUGUUCUUAAAAACAUGAUAAAUGUGAUGAAUGGUAAGGACAUCAAAGAAAAAUAUGAUGGAUACUCAUCUUGCCCAUUAGUCACUGGAUAUAGCAAAUGCAUUCUAGCAGAAUUUGAUUAUAACCUUAAGCCAUUAGAAACAUUUCCAAUAAACCAGGGAAAUGAAUUGCGCAGCAUGUUUUUCAUGAAGAAACAUGCACUUCCAUUUAUUUACUGGAAUUUAAUGCUUAAAGGUUACUGGAACGGCCCAAAAAUUAUAAGGAAAAUUAUGCACUUUGGUCUUGAUUAAAUUAAGUUAAAUAAUAAAAAUACUACUUAAAGUCUAGAGUUAU